UGAUUCUCUUAUGGAAUUGACGCUGAAAAAACUGCACGGAUUGGAGCAGCUCACUGUUAUCGCACCGGCACUCCUAUCGUUAUGUGUGAUCAUCUGCUUCCUUCCCAGUAAGAAUCAACCGGUUGCAAGCAUCUCUGCUCCUCAGCUAGUGUCCCUCAUUUGGUCGGAUCACUAUGAUCCAAGAUUCACCCAGCUUGGCAAGAUGGAAAAUCUACAGCGCUUGAGCACCUACCCUUUUUUCGUAUAUGGGCAUAACGAUUCACAUAAAGUAGUCAAUAGCUACACUAUGAAGCUUUUGUCGCACUUUAAGCUCAUCCAGACUCUGAGUUUCAAGCUUGUCUAUCGGCUGGAAAUUACUAACCAUGAGUACUUGAUGGAAGACAUUACAAGGCUACCAAAUAUUGUGGACAUGAACCUGCAUAUAGAACCAACAGGACAUUCCUUUGGAACCAGUUUAUUCCAUCUCCUCAGUAUGUGUACUGGUGUCAGGAAGCUGACUAUUACACUUGACUGCAAAACUAGCCAUCCGGUACAAACUGCGUGCUCAGCAGGCUGUGUUUGCGAUCAGACCCCUAACUGGAAAACUGAGGAACUCACGCUGAGUUGCCUCAAAAACGUAAGAGUUAGUAGGUGGGGAGCAACUGACCAUGAAGCUGCUCUUGUGAAACGGUUACUCAAGUGGGCAACAGUGCUAGAAACCAUGAGAAUAACUUUUGACCGCUCAGUUGCCGAAAGCAAGGCCAGGGAGUUCUGUCAGAUGCUACAAAGCUUCUCGAGGCCAGAAGUAUGUAUGAAAGGGAAACACUUCGCUUGAUCUAGUUGUACCGUGGCACAUAGCACCACUUUGCAUGUUCGAGAAGAUUGACCGUUGGCUGGUGAUCGUUUUGUGGUUCUUAUAUGUCUCAUCUGAGUAUCGACUGCAAUGUCUGAAUGUCAGGAUCAAGUACACCCUUCGGUGAUGUAAAGAGGCUGUACCAGUUGCACCUUUUGCUACUAUCUUGUAUACGUUGCAGGAUGUACUAGACUGUUUAAACA